UUCUUUCAAAUUUUGACAUUUCACAAAAGCGUAAAUGACUGCAACUAUCAAUGACGAGAACCUUGUCCUUGAUUAUGAAGAGCUGGAGCAAAACGAAAACUUGGAGGGUGCCGAAGAAAGCAAAGAUAAAAGCUAUCACUUAUAUGGCAAUAGAGACAACAAGAACUUCAGUGACUUAAACUUGAAAAAAGAGCUGCUUGAUUCGAUCUCCAAGGUUGGUUUUGAAACUCCAGGGGAAGUCCAGGCUCAAUGCAUCCCAGAAGCUCUUCUCGGAGUUGACAUACUCUGUCAAGCAAAAUCAGGAAUGGGGAAGACUGCAGUUUUUAUACUGGCUACUCUGCAAUUACUUGAUAAAGAUUCUAAACCCCACAGUGUUUUAGUUGUAGCUCCCACAAGAGAGCUAGCAAUUCAGAUAAAGAAAGAAUUCGAAAGACUCGGUAGCGGCCUAAGUUUUAAAUCAAUGGUGUUCGUAGGAGGUGAACAUUUCAAGAAAGAUCUCAAAGCUUUGAACAAAGUCAAACCUCAUAUCAUCAUAGGAACACCAGGAAAACUCAAAGACUUGAUUCUCCACAAGGAUGGAAUCAAUGGAAAAAAUGUCACUCACUUUGUGAUAGAUGAGUGAGACUUGAUUUUAAAAGACUUAGAUGUCAGAGCCCAAGUACAAAGAAUAUUCAUAAGCACACAAACCCAGAAGCAGACAAUGAUGUUCACAGCUACUUUGCCUCCAGAUGUUUUAAAGGUAGCUAGGUUUUUCCUUGACAAGCAAAAAGAGAUCAUCAUUAAUGACAAGUACCUUGUGUUAGAUGGCCUUAAACUUCUGUACCAAGAACUUAAGGAGGAACAAAAGAUUAGAAGAACUGUUGAAGUACUAGAAGAAUACAAGUAUAACCAAGCAAUAGUAUUUGCGAAAAGUUGCAGAAGAGCUGAUGCCCUAUCAAAGGUUUUACAAGGUAACAAGAUUAAGACAGUAUGAAUGCAUGCAAAAAAGAGCAAAACUGCUAGGGACAAGAUUUUUAAGUCAGUUAAGAAAGGAGCAAAGAAAGUCAUCAUUUGUACAGAUGUGUUAGGAAGAGGUAUAGAUCUUGAGAAAAUAGAUUUUGUCCUGAAUUUUGAUAUGCCCAAGAGUAGUGAUGCAUAUCUCCAUAGAGUUGGGAGAGCUGGAAGAUUUGGUACAAAGGGACUCUCAAUUUCCUUUAUUUCCAGUGAAGAAGACAAAAAACUCCUAGAAGAAAUCCAGUCAAGAUUCACCGGAAAAGUAGAACAGAUACCAACAGAUUUUGACCCAUCUCCCUUCUUAGCCGAGGCUAAGCCAAAGGAAGGCGAAUAAUCCUUCUCUAAUACCACCUCUAAUUUUAA